AACUAACCCACAGCGAGGAACUCUGUCAAAAAUGGCCCCUUCAGCAAAGACUGGCAAGAAGACCGCCGGCAAGACCGGCCGCAGCGCCAUCGCCGAUGUCGUCGCCCGCGAAUACACCAUCCACCUACACAAGCGAGUCCACGGUGUCUCUUUCAAGAAGAGGGCUCCCAGGGCGAUCAAGGAGAUCCGCGGAUUUGCUGAGAAGGCCAUGGGCACCAAGGAUGUCCGCCUCGACCCCCAGUUGAACAAGAAGGUCUGGGAAUCCGGCAUCAAGGGCGUUCCUUUCCGCCUCCGUGUUCGCAUCAGCCGUAAGCGUAACGACGAGGAGGGCGCCAAGGAGAAGCUUUACUCCUACGUCCAGGCCGUCAACGUCAAGGACCCCAAGGGUCUGCACACCCAGGUCGUCGAGGACGCGUAGAGAAUGCUAGUUCAAGACGAAUGAAAUGGGAUUGGGAUGCAAUAUCAAAAAGCAUGGCGUUCCGGCGGGUCGCUGAGUAGCUACUACUACUUUUCUAGAGAGUGAAAGGCUUGUGUGAAAUGAUACCUGAAUGACAGUUCAUGCCCGCCA